AUGUCUAUGAGCUCAGACGACGACGAGAAGCUCCUCUCGGACAAUCAGUCCAACGAGUCAGAGGAAUCCGGCGACGAUGAAGCGCUGCCACCACCGCCGUUGCAACACAACUUUGCGCCGCCUUUCUAUGGCAGGCCGCCCACGCCUCUACCGCCAUCACCAUCUUUGACCUCACUUCUACGACCCUCGCGACCGACCACACCAGACGCCUCGGAUGAUGAUUUCGAGCCGGUGCCGCGGGCAUCGCCCAAGGUGCCGACCUACGAGUACUACGGCUUUGUGCUGUACCUCUUCUCGAGCCUGACCUUCCUCAUGUACCUGCUGUGGUCGUACCUGCCAUCGCCCUUCCUGCACGCGCUGGGCAUCUACUACUACCCGAAUCGCUGGUGGUCGCUGGCCAUCCCCAGCUUCCUGGUUAUGCUGCUCGUGUACAUCUACGUGGCGCUGGCGAGCUACAACCUGGAGAUCCUGACGCUGCCGCUCAGCAGCAUCGAGACGAUCGUCGACGACGCGGCCCGCAUCGCCGUCAUCGACAGCAAGGGCCGCCUGCGCAGCGAGAACAUGAAGAGGAAGGCGGCGGGCAAGGAGUCGCGCGGCAGUAAGACGGGCGCCAUUGGGCGGGACGGGGAGCUCAACUGGAAGAACAUAUGGAAUGAGGGCACGGACGCGGUCAUGGACGUGCCUCUUGCUGGUGUCUGCGAGAUAUUGUAUGGCGAAGAGGAGGAGGAGGAGAUCAGGAAUGGCGAUGCUUUGAGCAGAGAGGCAUUUGCUUAG